AUGAGUUUUAAAUCAUUAAUAAAAAAAUAUGAAAAAAAAAUUUUUUUUAGCACAAUAAAUAAUAAAACUAAUAAUUUUGUAAAUAACAAUGGAAACAAAAAAAAUGAGAGAAAUAAAUCAUUUUCUAUAGAAAAAUUUGAAAAUUUUCAACAAGUAAAUGUAAAAAGUUUAAAUAAUCGAGAGUUUUUAUAUUAUAUAGGAUAUUGUAGUAAACAUAAAUUAUUUAACUUAAAUAUUUUAGAUACUAUAAUGAAAGAAGUAGAAAUUAAUAUAAUAAAUAGUAUAAAUUGUAUAACAACUGAUUUAAGUCAAAAUAAAAAAAAUAUUUUAAAUUCAAAAAGUUACAAUACACAAAAGGUAAAACCUUUUUUUGAUAUUCAUGAUUUAAUAAAAGUUUAUUUAAAUAUCUGCUAUAUUAAUUCUUAUUUUUUUCUGAAGGCAAAAUAUUAUGAAAAAUUCAAUAAAGAAAAUGUUUCAAAUGAAAAAAAUAUGAUUAAUAAAAAUGUUUUUAGAGAUGAUAUUUUAAAUAAAAAAAAAGAUGAAGAGGAAAAACAGAAUAACUUAAGCGAUAGAAAUAACUAUAUGAAUGAAAUAUUUAACAAAGAUCAAUAUAUUUAUACAAAUACUGCAAAUAACAAAUAUGAACCAAAGGAAUUUAUAUGUAAUGAAUAUAUAAAAAAUAUAUUUAAUUUACUCUCUAUUUUUUUUCUUCAAAAUAUAAAUAUUUUAAAUGAUCAUUAUUUAUGCCGGAUUUUUUAUGGAUAUAACAAAAGUAAAUUUUAUAAUGAAAGAUAUUUGAAUAAUUUAUGUUUUGAAAUAAUUAAAAGGAUAAAAAAAAUUAGGGCAUAUCAUUUAUAUUUGAUAUUAGUUAACUGCUAUUAUUUAAAUUAUAUAGACACAAUAUUUGUAAAAGUAUUAUUAAUAAAUAUAAUCUCCAAAUUUUCACAACUACCUUGCGAAGCCAUGUGUAAAAUUAUACCUGUGAUUCCUUUAUAUAUAAAUUCAGAAAAGUUAAUUUAUAAAAUUAAUGUUAUAUAUUCAAAAAAAAUAGCUAGUUUUAAUCAGAUUAAUCAUGUUGUUUAUUUAUUCAAAAAAAUGAUACAGUAUAAUUUUAUAUCUCAAAAAAAUGUAUUUUUAACUUUUAAACACUUAAAUAAAUUUAUAAACAUUAAAAAGAAUCAUUUAAAAACAAGUUAUUCGAGGAAAAAAGAAAUGCAAAAAGAGAAAAUGAAACAAAAUAAUUUAUUAAGAAAUAUGGGAACAAAAGAUGAUAUAAUAAAUAAUAUAGUAAAAAACUUUAACGAAUUUGAAUAUCAAGAUAAAAAAAAAAAUAUUAUGAUAAAUGGUAUAAAUAAAGAUUUACCAAUGAAUGAUAAUAUACUAAAUGAAAUUGAUAGUAGAAAUUAUGACAAUAACAUUGGAAGUAUAGAAACAAAUGAUAAUGAAAAUUUUGAAAAUGAAAAUAUUUUUUGCAUAUCCAAAAAAGAAAUUUUAAAAAAAGAUGACGAAUUUCGUAAAAUUGAAGAGGAAGCAUAUACAAGUAAAGGUGAAAGAAUUAAAGAAAACAAAUUUGAUCUUGAAAAGGAAGAUGAUAUUUAUAAAAACGAGCACAUACUGUUUAAUUUAAAAGUAAUAGAAAUGCAUUUAAAGCAUGAUUUAAAAAGUAUAUAUUGUCUUUUACCUUAUGAAUAUAAAAGUUUUCUUCAAAAAAUUAGAAACACAUCAUAUAUUGUUAAUAAAAAUUUUCAAGGAGAAAAAGAAAUUUAUAUUUUAAAAAAAUAUAUGAAAUUAUUAAAUUAUAGAUUUAUUACUUUUACAUAUGGUCCAUACAUUUUACACAUUUGUGACCCUUUUUAUAAAAUAUAUGUUGAAUGGGAAAACGUAUGGAUAUUAUAUCCAAACUAUCAGCAAAAUUCUCAACGAAAUUUUGAAAUUAAUAAAAACAGGCACCUAGAAAAAGAAGGUUUUGAGGCAAUUUUUAUAUCUCAUGAUUCUUUUACAAAUUUUCAACAUGAACAUGAAAGAAUGGAAUAUUUAAAUUCAAUUUUAAAGGAGACGAAAUUUUCGAGUUAUAAUUCAAUUAAAAAUGAAAAAAAAGAAGUACCGUUGGAAGCACAACAUAUAUAUAUAUAA